ACAAGAUACGAAUGAGAUAGUUAGUCGUCAAGAAACUAGCAAAGACGCUGUGUGUCGGGUGCCAUUCCUUUAUUCCGUUUUAAUUGAAUGGUUUCCUGAUUCGUCCCGUUGGAGAGAUGCUAGCGAAACUUAUCCUUUUCAUACUUAUCGGAUUGUUGGUUUGCGAGGCAUGUGAAGUGGGACAGGCCAGGAUGGGAUGUAUAAUCAGGAACCAGGUGUGCGCUUGCGGAUUGGGAUGCCAGUCCGAAUACGUAUAUAACAGCAUGCAAGAAUGUCAGGAUUCACUCAGAGGUAAGAAAAAGGACAUUUGCACCAUCAACAAUCCCUGUUUGCACGGCGGCGUAUGCACCCAAACCACCCAGCGACCGGGAUACAAAUGCAGGUGCGAAGGAACCGGCUAUUUUGGUGUCCGAUGUUCCAGAGCGUGUCCAAUUCCGGGUCAUGGCAGAAUAGGCGACUUCCCCUACGAGUGCAUAGUGAUAUAGAGGAUUGAUUUGUGACUGUGUCAUAGCAAUUAAGUGUACGUUAAGUUAAUAAAAAUAAAACAAUUGAAAUAAUA